CGGUAAGGUUAGGUAAGUGGGAACCUAAUCCUAACCCACGAUUUGGGUUUGUUUUCUGAUGUCGUGGCGGUGACACACAUCACGCGGGGGGAGUUUGAAUUUCGCUGAGUAAGUCAAGUUGGCUGGUGUACGGUGGAGUCUCAGACAAUGACACAAGCACAGGUAAACAUGCCAGCUCUGAAUCCUCCAAGAACUCAAAGGUAUCCGACACACCUCUAGCUAGCUCAUUGUCCAAACGGGUUAAAAUGGAUGGGGAUGGUGAUGGUGCUCCAUCUUCAUCAUCGGAAGCAUCACCCCGACAUCUGAAAGGUGAUGAUGGAGGGGGUGAUGGCAACAGGACCAUAUCUUUUGACAGCAGUGCUGAGUCUACCCCUAGAAGGACGGCACCCAAACGCUCGUCCGCGCCCUCCACGCCACAGACGCAAGACCUGAGUGUGGUGGACAUGAAGACCUCCUGGGACGGCAGCGUCAGUGGGGGCAGUGCUAAGGGUGAGACCACUGAUGGUGAGACAGGGUAUAAAGUUGCCUUCCAGGCCAGAGCUGGAAUGCUGGCUGAUCCAGUUAAAAUAGCAAAAGAGAGGGAAAAGGAGGAGAGAGUUAGGCAAGCCAGAGAGAGGCUGAUGGAGGAGAGGAGAAAAAAGUUGGAGGAGCUGAAGGAACAACAGAGGAUAGCACAGGAGAACCGUGAAAAGCAGUUGGAAAUGCGGAGAAAGAAAAUUGAAGAUCUGCGACGAAGGGACUCAGAAAGACGAGCCGCUGUAGAGGAGCGCAGAAAAAUGAAGGAAGAUAUAGAAAGAGCUCGCCGUGAGUCUAUACUGCAAAAAGCAGAGGAGCGUGUUGCCCGCUAUGAGGCAUGGAAAGCUGGUGGUCGCAAAGGUGGGAGGGGUCACAUAUUAGGUUUUGGUAGCGCCACCCCUCGUGACAUCUGCCAGCCCUUCGAGCGACCUAGACGCUCAUCCUCUCAUAGCGCCCUUCAGAGGCGCUCCCCUAAUGGGUCCGAUAUGGACUCGAUGCGACCGCAGAGGCGUGCCCUCUCGGCGUGCAGUGCGGUGCGAAGGCACUGUUGUGUAGAUUAUAAUCGGAUCGGGCCCCACACCUCAGCCACAGCCAUCGUGGCAGGAUUCCAACACAACAGAGCCGCAGCCAGCACCAGUGCCACGUUGACUAGAACCUCCAUGACCUCAAGCAUGCCCAGCCCAGUCAGGAUGAGGGAGAACAAACCAUCCCGCAAACAGCGCCCGGCCAGCGUGGCCUCCUCCAUGCCUAGUUUUGUAGGGGGUGAGCCGGCCAAGUCACCGCGCAGUAAAAGUACUGACCGCACUGGGAGAGGUACAGUUGUUGGUCCGGCCUCAGACCGCUCUAAGACACGCCCACCCAAGAAAGAGGACAAAGCCCUGAAGGACAAAGAAAAUGAGAAGUCUAAAAAGCUGAAAGAUGAGGAGGAGAGAGAUGCCGACAAGGAUGGGGACAAAGACGUCUCAGACAAGAAGGAUAAGAAGUCCAGGGUCUCCCUGUCAUUCUUUGAUAGGCUGGCCACACCCAAGUACAGCAAAAAAGACGACCACUCUCCCAAAGAAAUGCCAGCCAAGAAAGAGUCUCCGCACAUUAGGGUUCAGUUUGCUGGUGAUGAAGAUGGGGAGCAGGAUGGAAUGGUUGGCCCUGAUGUUCUUUCUCCACGAAAAGCCUUCUCAACACCCAACCUUGCUGGAGUAAAAAAGAGAGCUUCAAUGAAGGGAGAUAAGCAUCCACCAGAGAAAGAGGCCACUGCCAAGACUAAGGAGCCACAUCGUGUGACACCAUCUAGCUCUCACACAGCACCUGCAGCCCCACCGUCUGCUGGCAGAGCUGUCUCGCCUGGCCGCAAACCAGGAGAAAAGUCUGGAACAUCCACCCCUCGCGUCACCCCACCCCCGUCUGCCACAUCCACCCCCACACAUGCACCAUCUAUACCACCAGCGUCGGCACCAUCCUCAGCCACAACCACACCAUCACAGGCUCCUCCCCCUGCAGCAAGCACGGAGGAUGGAGCACCACGCAAUGCCCCUGUACAAGACAUAACAGCUGAGGAAUACAAAGCUCGCUUGGCUGAGAAAAGGAGACAGGCGAGAGAGAAAGCAGAGAAGGAAGCAGAGGAGGAGAGGAAGAGACAGGAGGAAGCCUGGCUUGCUGAACAGGAGAGGCAGAGGAAAGAAGAAGAGGAACAGAAAAGGCAAGAGGAAGAGUCCCUGCGUCAGGCUGCAGAGGCACGGCAGGCAGAGGAGGAGAGGUUACAGAGGGCGAUAGAGGCUGAAGAGAAGAGGAGGAGAGAAGAGGCAGAGAGACUGGAACAGGAAAGAAAAGCUAAAGAGGAAUCUGAAAGAAAAGCUAAGGAAGAAGCUGAAAAGUUGGAGAAAGAAAAACAAGAAAAGUCUAAAAGAGAAGAAGAAGAAAGACAAGCAAGGAAAAAGAAACUGGAGAUGAUCAUGAAACGUGUCAAGCCAGAGAGCCACACUGAGCCCAGCUUAAAGAGCCCCACAGUGAGCAGCUCACCCAACAUCAGCCACGGCAACUCCUCCCAGAACUCCCCAGACGAGGACGAGAAACCCGUGGUCGAGUCGCCCAGUGAGGGAGACUUUGGACCCGCUCCACCCGUCGGGUCAGCUGUGGAAAUACCAAACGCUGCCAUGACCACAUCAUUCUUUCUAGACACAGAUGAAGACACAUCUUCUACCUCAACUCUGAUGACGUCCUCAUUUAUCCGCAGCGCGUCCUCCGGAGACAUUCUCGAUGGAUCUCAUAGCGAAGAUCAUGAUAAACGGUUAUCCAGUAGUACAGGUACGACACCUUCCAAACAAGAGGACAAACCCAUCUCUACUGAAGCCACAGAACCCAAGUCCAAGUUCAAAUCUCCGCUGCUCCAGCAGCUGGUGGAGAAGAAAGGAGGGGACUCCCCUACGGGCACCACCAAAUUUAAAUCCCCCCUGCUGCAGAAUCUGCUGGGCAAAACAAAAGUUGGGGCCCGCAUGGGCAUGUCGUCCAGCAUGGGGGACCUGACGCACAACAAGGAGCCGGCGUCGGGUGGGGAGAGCCUGAUGACAACCUCCGUCAUUGUGACGGACAGCUCCAGCUUUAACAAAGAAAACUUUAGUCAUGGGAGAGAAGAUGAGGAUAAAGAUGAAGACACCUCCCUCGAUGGGUUAUCCAGGUCUUUCCAUUCUACCCAUAUCAACGGUAUGGGCAAGGACUCAGGGGAUGUGACAUAUUCAAUGAGCACCUCCAAAUCCUCGUCAGAUUCCUCUCCACCAGAAGCAAUCUCCAGUAAGUUCCCCAACAUGAGUGACUCCGCUCUGGGCUCAAGCAUAGAGCCCCACAUGGAGGGGGAGUUCUCUGCCCCAGGCAUGAUGUCACAAUCAUUCAUCAUGAACGGCCAUGGGGAUCACAAAACACACAGCAUGGAUGAUUCCAGCAUAAGUCUACAUUCUGUAGAUGAAAGUGUUUCCCACAGUGCAUCUGGAUUCCUAUUUGAAAAUGUCCCAGCAUCAGAGGGGAGCCACCAGAUGGGCCACCAUAACCUCGGGGAGGUGGGCCCAUUUGAGGAAGUGAUCAAUUUGAUAGACAGCAAAACCAUUGUUGGUGGGACACCUCUCAGAGCCUUUGAGGAAAAUAACAGGAGAGCAGAUGUUUCUGAAUUCCUGUCAUGACCUUGGCCUAGUUCAUGUAGACUGUCUCAUGUGAAAUCUUCAACACCUGGACUGUGAAGUAAACAGAAAGCUCGUCUGCACAGUUGCAGAGGUCCAACACAUUUUGUCUUGUACAUUGGACUUUGUUUUAACUGCCCGCUUCCACGCAGGCUUUUCUCUAUGGAUGUCUGAUGAUCAUCAUCAUCUGUGUUUGCUGUCAACAAAACCUGAGGACAAUGACUAAUACCAUUGGUGUGGACUUUGUUUCCAACUUCUAGAUAUGUACUUGUGCACUACUGUGAAUUGUCAUGGGUCAAUCACACAUUUUCUUAUAGUCCCUAUGUGAUUGUCAACAUUAUAUGAUCUUUAAUGCAACAA